UUAAUACUCUCAUACUUCUCAUACUCAGAGGUGGUGCUGCCUUCUACUGAAACUUUCAGCAAUUUGGCGCCUUUCGGUCCCUGUACGCUGCGACCCUGAUUGAGCCAAGGGGAUUGUGGAGGCAUAGCGGACAGAGGAGGGAGCUGCAGCGACUUGGUAGGUCCUCGAGGGCGCUCGGAGCGCUGGGACUGUCGCAGUGCAACACCCGUGGGCUCUCCAAUCUCAGUCGCAGGCCAAGGCGCCUGGGUCCCGGUCCACGCGCUUGGUACCUGCCCUCUGCAUCCGCCCACCAGUAUGCUCGGCGGCACGCCCUGCCGGUAGGGCUGCGCGCACAAGCCGCCAGCGGCGCGGCCGCGGCGCGGUCACGUGCUGCCCCCCGCCCGCCGCCCAGUGGCGCUGGCGGCGGCGGUGGCGGUGGUGGCGGCGGUGGACUGGUGGCCGUAAGCCCCGUGAGUCAGCCCCGUGAGGCGUGAUGCAGCAGCCGCAGCCGCAGCAGCAGCAGCCGCACAUCUCACGCGCCAAGGUGGUGGCGCACAUUGACCUGGACGCCUUCUACGCACAGGUGGAGGUGGGCCGCAACCCCUCCCUGCGCGGCCGGCCGGUGGCUGUGGUGCAGUACAACCCCUGGGACACGGAGGCGCUCAAGACGGCGCUGAGGCCGGACGACCCGCGCAUCUUCAACGACAGCAACGGCUCCAUCAUCGCCGUGUCCUAUGAGGCACGCAAGUUCGGCGUCAAGAGGAACAUGAGCGGCCAGGAGGCGCGCAAGGCCUGCCCCACCCUGCAGCUGGUGCAGGUGCCCACCGCGCACGGCAAGGCCGACCUCACCAUCUACCGCCAGGCCGGCGCGCGCGUGGCGGAGGUGCUGCUGGGCCGCUGCGGCGGCGGCGCCGUGCUGGAGCGCGCCUCCAUAGACGAGGCCUACCUCGACCUCACAGAGGCCGCGCAGAGGCUGCUGGCGGCGGCGGACGCAGAGGCGGCGGCGGCGGCGGCGGCACGCCUGGCGGCGGCGGCAGCGGCGGCGCCGGCUUCGCCGCCGCCGCCCCCGGCGGCGGCCGCCGGCGCCUCCGGCGCCGGCGGUGGUGGAGGCGUGUGGCAGAGCCCGGGCGCCAGCGCUGGCAGCGUGGGCAUGGGCUGGGGCGGCGGCGGCGGCGGAGGAGGAGGAGGAGGUGCUGGGGGUGGAGGUGGGGUUGGGGGCUGCGGGCCGGUGCUGGGUGGACUGCCCGAGCCGCCGCGCUCGCUGGAGCAGUGGCACGUCAAGGGGCUGGAGGAUGAGGACGACGACGCGGCGGCCCUGGGCGCACUGGCGGGCCUGAAUGAGGCAGAGCCGGAGCCGGAGGCGGCGGAGGACGAGGACGAGAGCGAGGAGGCGGAGCUGUGGCGCGACGUGGCCGGGGAGCCGCCGCCCGACCGGGCAGCACGUGGGGGGCCGGGGCCGGCGUCGGCGUCAGCGGCGGCGGGGGCUGGGAGAGGCGGGUGCGCGGGCGGCGACGGCGGUCUGGCGCAGAGUGCGGCGCAGAGCGCUGCAGGCGGUGGCGGUGGCGGAGGUGCGGGCGGCAGCGGGGCGCCGGUGGCGGUGGCGGUUGGGACCACCGCUGCGAGUCCGGGCGCCGGCGGCGCCGCCGCCACGUUUGCCCCAGCCCCCAGCAUCGGCCCCGUGCAGCCACCCUACCUGCAAGCAGGGCCCGGGUUUGCGGCGGCAACGACAGCGGGGCCUUCAGAGCCGGCGGCGGAGGCGCCACGCACUCCCACGAGGCCGUCGGCGGCGGCGGGGGCGGGAACGGCAGGCCCCUUCGCCGCAGGCGCCGCCGCCCCGACACCAACAGCGGCCACAGCGCCCACAUCCGCUGCUGCGAAUGUCACCGCCGCCGCCACCGCCGCCGCCGCCGCCGAAGAGGCUGACGCGGCGCGGCAGCGCGGCCGGCUGGCUCGUCUGCGUGCCUACUGGACCCGGCCCGCCUGCGAGUGGGACCCGCACGAGCGGCUGCUGCUCGCGGGGGCGCUGGUGGUGUCGCGGCUGCGGGCGGCAGUGGCGGCGGAGCUGGGCUACACCUGCAGCGCUGGCGUGGCGCACUACAAGCUGCUGGCAAAGCUGGGCUCGGGCCUGCACAAGCCCAACCAGCAGACGGUGGUGUUGGGCCGCGCGGUGCCGGCGCUGCUGCGGCCGCUGCCGCUGUGCCGGCUGCGCAGCCUGGGCGGCAAGUACGGCGAGCAGGUCAUGAGCCAGCUGGGCGUCAGCACCGUGGGCGAGCUGUGGUCGGUGCCGGCGGCUCGGCUGGAGGCGCUGUUUGGCCAGGAGGCGGCGGCGGGGCUGGUGCGGCUGGCGGCGGGCAUGGACGACGGCGAGGUGACGGCGCGGGUGGCGCCCAAGAGCAUCGGCUGCGGCAAGACCUUCCGCGGCAGCAGCGCGCUCACAGGCAUGGCGCAGGUGGCCCACUGGCUGCGCGAGCUGGCUGGCGAGCUGGCGGAGCGCAUCGAGGCGGACCGGGCGGAACACGAGCGCCUGCCCACCGCCCUCACGCUCAACCUGCAGGGGGGCGGAGGCGGAGACGCCAGCCACUCGCGCGCGGGCCGCCUGACGCGCGUGAGCGCCGAGGCCAUCUGCGAGGAGGCCACUGCGCUGGCGAGGAAGUGGGCGGCGGAGAGGCCCGGCUGGCGUGUGACGGGCCUGGCCAUCACCGCGGCCAAGUUCGGCGCCGCCCCCACCGGCGCCUCCACCAUCACCCGCUUCCUGCAGCAGCCCAAGCGGACCGCCUCCGCGGCGUCGGCGCCGGCAGGGCUGGCAGGGCCGGCAGGGCCGGCAGGGCUGGCAGCGGGGCCGUGCCAGGCCGGUGCCGUGGCGGCAGCAGCGGCUGCGGCGGCAGGAGGUGGGGGCGCGGCGGCAGCGGGUGGGGGCGCGGCGGGGCGCGUCAGGCCGGAGCCGGAGCUGGAGCUGGAGGCGGAUGGAGUGCGAGAGGACGCAGUGGGGGCGCCCGCCGGAGCGUCAGGGAGGACGGCGCAGGGGAUCAAGCGCCCCGCAUCGCCGUCCCGGACGCUCAGCGCCACCACCACAGCCGCCGCCGCCACCACCACAGGCGGCAGCCAUGCACGGUCGCAGUCGCAGCGGCGGUCCGGGUCCGGAGCGCCCGGGCGGCCCCACAAGCGCCAGCGCGGCGGCGGCGGCGGCGGCGGCAGCAACCGGGUGGCGGGGGGCGGCUCAGCCAGUGUGUUGUCGCUGCUGCAGCGGGCACAGCGGAGCACACAGGCCACCAGUGGCGGCGGAGCGGCGGCGGCGGCGGCGGCGGCGGCGGCGGCGGCGUCCAGCCGGCCUGUGGGGUCAGCAGCAGCGGCGGCCUCCGGCCGGCCUGCGGCGGCCUCAGGGUUGCAAGGCGGCGCAUCUGGCCGGGGCGCGGACUUGAGUGCUGGCGGCGGGGACGUCGAGAUGCGGCACAUGCGUGAGCCGCUUGCGGCAACGGACAUGGAGGAGGCGGCGGCGGAGGAGGAGGCGGCGGAGGAGGCGGCGGAGGCAGCGGAGACGGCGGCGGCUGAGGAGGAGGAUGUGGAAGAGGAGGCACCCGAGGUGCUGACGGUGCUGUCUUCCAGCCAGUCGCAUUCCCAGACCCACUCCCAGUCCCAGUCAGCUGGCGGCGGCGGCGGCGGCGGCGGCGGCGGCGGCGGUGGCGGCGGCGUGCGCAGUCCGGCAAGUGCGAGGGCCCUGCAGGCGCUGCUGCUGCAGCGUCCCCUUGCGGCGGCGGCGGCGGCGGCGGCGACACCAGCUGCACCGGCACUGGCUGCGGAGCCUGCUGCUGCAGCUACUGCUACUGCUGCUGCUACUGCCGGCCCCUGGGGUGCGGCUGGCGGCUUGGCCGGCUCGGCGAGCCCGCCCAGGCUGCUGCAGCCGCGCCGCGGGCCGCUGGCGCCGCCGCCGCGCGGCCCGUCCUCUCCGGGUGCUGCUGCAAUAACAGCACCAGGUGCAUCCGUAUCACGUGCGGGCGCGGCGGAAUGGGCGGACGCUGACACUGACAUGUUGACCGUGACGCCGGCCAGUGGUGGUGGUGGUGGCGGUGGUGGUGGCGGUGGCGGUGGCGGUGGCGGUGGCGGUGGCGGUGGCGGUGGCGGUGGCGGUGGCGGUGGCGGUGGCGGUGGCAGUGCGGCGGCGGCAGGCGGCCCUGUUGGCAAUCAGCAGGACCAGCCGCAGCAGCACCACCACCCGCACCUCCUGCCCAGCAGCAGCCAGCAGGGUGGCGGCACGCAGGGCGGCGGCACGCAGGGUGGCGGCACGCAGGGCGGCGGAACACAAGGCGGCGGCACGCAGCCAGUGGUUGGGUCGCUGCAGGCCUGGCUGGGGCCGGUGGGCGCCGGCGGGAGCCAGCCGCUGCAGCUGGCGCCCCCUCCUCAACCACAGCCACAGCCACAGCCGCAGCGACAGUCACAACCAACAUUACCGCACUCCCAACAGCCCAGCGGCGGCCUGCAGGAGCACCAGCCGCCAGCUGCCGCCGCAGCCGCAGCCGCAGCCGCAGCCGCAGCCGCAGCCGCAGCCGCAGCCGCAGCCGCAGCCGCAGCCGCAGCCGCCUGUGCCCCUGACGGGUCACGGCCGCCCGCUGCCCGCGUCGGCGAGCAGCCAGCGCUGCCGCUACCGGGGAAGCGGCGCCCUCACCCGUCUCACACGUCUCACACGUCUCACAUGCCUCAUUGCGCGCGGCAAACGCCGGAGCCGCAUGUACACCAAAGGACAGGGCACGACCGGAGCACACAGCAGGCGGGGCAAGAGCUGGACUUCGUGGCGGCGACAGACGACGAAGACGACGAUGCUGAUCACGAUGGCGAGUACGGCGGCGGCUGUGAGCAUGGGUCCGGCUUGGGCACUGGCGGCUGGCGCCGGACGGGAGCAGCAGACGGCGCCACGGACGCAGCUGCAGCGGCGGCCGCUGGUGCUGAUGCUGAUGUGGAUGCGGAUGCAGGCGGGGUGGUUGGGGCCCCUGCGCAGCCGCAGCCGCAGCUGCAGCUGCAGCCGCAAGAUGAUGACGGCCACGGCUGGGGCGCCGGAGGGGCAGGGCGCACGGAGCUAGGCAACGCGGAGGACGCGGAGGCAGCAGCGGGCGCAGGGGCCGUGUCGCCGGGGGCCUCGCCCGACCUGGUGAUCAUGAGCUCUGACGAGGAGGAGGGGGAGGGGGAGGAGGGCGGGGCUGUGAUUGGCGCCGCGGCCUCGCCCUCUGUGGUCAGGAGCGGCGCGGCACGACAGCCCCACGCCCAGCCGCCGGGCGUGCGCAGCAGCAGUGGCGGUGGAGGUGGCGGACGGAGCCGCCGGGGCUCAUCCGUGUCGCCGGCUGUGUCGCCUGCGGGCGGCGGCAGCUGGUCUGGUGGCGGUGGCGGCAGCGGCUGGUCUGGUGGUGGCGGCGGCCGGCUGCAUCAUGUGGAUGAGCGGGUGCUGGCGGAGCUGCCGCCCGACAUACGGGAGGAGGUGCGGCGCAGUAUGUGGGCGGCGGGUGGCACAGGCCGAGGCGCCGGCGGCGGGCGCCGCGGGGGCGGGGGCGGGGGCGGGGGCAGGCCACAGACUGGCGGCGGCCGAGGCAGGCGGGGCCGCACAGGGGCUGCCGCAGGCGGGGGCGGCGGGGGCGGCAGGCCGCCUCGUGCAGGGCAGGCCGACAUACGCAGCAUGCUGAGCAAGUGACCGGGACGUAGGUUGUGACGUGAAUCGUGACGUGAAUUGUAACGUUGGUUAAUGACGUGGGUGAUGGUGUAGGUUGUGAGAGAUUGGCAAGGACAGCAGCGCGGGGUGUGAUGGAGAGUGUUGACAGACAUGACUGAGGGUGUGGUGCACCGUGCAGGCCACCACGGCCUGAAGAGUAGACGGCGGUGUUGGCGGCGGCGGUGGGAAACAGCUGUUGGACGGGAUACGCCAAUCCGCUGGCUGUGAGGUGUCCGGCACUCACUGACUCUCGCCAACCAAUGCAUGUCGGCUGGUGCCCGCUGGGCUGCUGGCAUCCCAAAAUCAAGCCGCCACCGCUGGCCGCGCUGAGUGCGUCUCAGGCACCGGGGGGUAAUGAUG